GGGGAUUGUUCUGCGUUUUGUUUGUGUUUGGAUAUCGGGAUCUCUGAGCGUGUAACUACUUGUGUUGGGAUUCCCUGUGUGUCAUAUGCCUGUGCAAAAGGAAGUGAUGUUGAGGUCACCUGCCUUCGUCGUCACAUAUCGUACCACCAUAACUAUGUCAUAAGGCUUAAUUGUCUUCCAACUAAUAUUAAUAAUGGACAUCGCACUUGGUAAUAUUGCAUGUGUUACAUAUGAAAGCGGAAUGGUGUCAAUAGAAGACUUCCCAACAGAUAAAGGCCCCGUAUGGAUUUUGGGCAAGAAGUAUGACAUGAAGCGACAGCGACAUGAGGCAAAGGUAGAUGUUGUCUCCAGGUUGUGGAUGACAUAUCGCAGAGGUUUUGCUAACAUAGGUGGUACAGGGCCAACUUCAGACCAAGGAUGGGGUUGUAUGCUGCGAUGUGGUCAGAUGAUGCUGGCUCAAGCUCUCAUAUGUAGACAUCUUGGCAGAGAUUGGAGAUGGAGCCGCUCCAAACCGGAAGAGAACUAUAUAAGAAUACUGAAAAUGUUCCUAGACAGAAAAGACAGUCCUUAUUCAAUACAGCAAAUAGCACAAAUGGGUGUUGGUGAAGGCAAAUCAAUUGGAAUGUGGUUUGGACCAAAUACUGUUGCACAAGUUCUGCGUAAACUGGCUGCAUUUGACAAUUGGAGCAACCUAGCAGUGCAUGUAGCCCUUGACAACACUGUGGUACAAGAGGACAUCAGAAAGGUAUGCCUGGCUUCACCAACAGACCAUGUAAAAGCACCUUGUGAAAGUAGUGAGUGCAGUAGAGUCCUUCCCAAUGGAACAGUAGAAGAUACAAACUGUGGUGCAGGAGCAGUGUCAAAGGAAAGGUGGCGACCUGUGCUGCUCUUCAUACCACUACGACUUGGACUAAAUGAGAUCAAUGCAGUUUAUAUACAACGCCUGAAAAGAUGCUUCACUUUGACUCAAUCUCUUGGUGUAAUUGGAGGAAAGCCAAAUCAUGCGCAUUAUUUUAUAGGCUUUGUUGGAGAUGAGCUAGUUUAUCUCGAUCCCCAUACAACCCAACCAUCCACGAGUACUGAUAAAUGGGGUUUCCUACAGGAUGAAGGAUAUCACUGUGAACAUGCAUGCCGAAUGAGCAUACACAACUUGGAUCCCUCUAUUGCAUUGGGCUACUAUUGCCAAGAUGAAGCUGACUUCCAAGCCUGGUGUAGGGAUAUCCAACAGGUAAUCAAAGAGCAAGAUAUGAGUCCCAUGUUUGAGUUAACCGAAGAGCGACCAUCACACUGGCCACCCUUUGACCCUGGUCAUUCCAGUAUGGAACCUAGUUUUGAAAUAAGAGAACUGGAUGAGGAGCCCACAUAUGAUUCUGAUGAGGAGUUUGAACUGGUAUAACGGCCAUUGUUGCAACAUCAUACAUUACUCUAUGCGUUGAAAGCUUUGGAAGAUGCACCAGACAUGCCUGAACUUCACCUGAAAUGGGAUGGAAUGAGUCAUAGAAAAGAGUCUUGCUGUGUGCACCUGAUAACACGUUUGAACUCUAACCUGGAAAUUGCUCUGUGUUACAUCACUUGUUGAAACUCUGAAGGAACAUGCCAUGGAAAGCUACACUGAAGAGAAGUUUCCUACAUGUGUGUUGGGGUUAACUAAGCUUAUAAACAGCACACAUUUAUGUCAACAAUACCACUGCUAGUAUCCUUGAAACUUGCAUAACAAGAGGAACUCUGUGUUUGGAAGAAAAGCAACAAAACAUUCACAUAAUUGGUCCCAUGUUUAAGACAUUGAAUCACUAAGGGAAUAACAGUGCAAACCUGGUCUUCACUGCAUGGUAAUGACCAGGUUGGUGGCUGGCGCUGUAAAUUGUCUAUAUUUAGUGACUUUUCUCUCAGCGAUACUUCCAGACAUGUUCAGGGGCUGUAUUUUAGCUCACUAUGGCUCCCGUCUGUUUCGUGCGUUAAUCACAUAACUGAUACUUUGAGAUAAGUGACUUUGUUAUAAGAAUGGUCUAUUAAGCGCCCUCACUGGGUUAAAAGGAGGCAAAUUAAAAAGCACACAUAAGCUAAGCGUCCAUGUAGCGUGUCGCUGUAAUGAAUAUAUAAUUUAUAUGCGCACACCUGUUACAUUAAAAUUGAUACAUUUUUAGGGUGUACGCGCAUGUGUGCGGAAGUGCCAAUGAAACUAAAGAUGCGCGAAACUAAGCAUGUGAGACAGCCAUUAGGACUUUUCACACUACAAAACAUCUCUGUGUUGGACACGGAUACGAUCCGGAUAAUGUUCACUGACCUUUUCACACUACAACUUUUCAACACGGUGUUGAUCCGGAUAUGGUGCUUUAUCCGUGUCGAAACCAACCCUGCCCGGGAGGUGGGUUGAUAAAUCUCUAUCCGUGUCGAAGAUUCCAACACGGAUCGAAAGCCGUAGAGUGAGCACCUCCGGGUUAAUUUUCGAUCCGUGGUGAGUGUGCAUGGCGCCAUUAGUGCACACACGGUCGCACAAUAUUGAAGCUGUUUGUAUUUGUGUUGAAUUUUUACCAAACCAACACGGACCCUACCCGGAUAAGGUUCAACACGGAUCGAAAGUCGAUAAUGUGAAAAGGCCUAUAGAGUUAUGUAUAACUUCAUGGAUAGAGCGCAAAGCACAAACUGUGCUGGUUUAGGGGCCAAAGUCGGUCCUUUAUCAUCCGUUAAUACAUCAUUACAUCAUCAGGUUUUGACCACAAAGAGUCUCAAAACUGUCCCAAGGUAUUAAACUGUAGCACUUAGAAAUUGCAAUAAUUAUUCAUAAACCAACCUGGAAUAAAGUUUUCAGUUGUUUUUUAAUUAUUUACGUAUGUACUGUUUUAUCCAACAUUAUCAAAAAUAAAAUACUCAACAAUAUUAAAAUCAAUGGAUUUUGAAGAUUUGUAUUUUCAGAAGCAUCCUUUGUUGUGUGAUACAAUAAACAAGUUGUUUCUUUCAUGGUGUUUAGUAAAAGAGUUCAAUAUUUCCCCCAAAUUUAUGGCAACAACUAGACAUUUUGUUACUAACAAAGGCCAGAUGAAUAAAACUUCAUCUUUACAUAUGAGAACAAGCCAAGCAAGCCAAGGAAGCCAUCAUGUACAUGUAGAUUGUACCUCAUCAAUACCUCUAUUGAGAAUUAUGUGAGAUUGUACUGUCUCGUGAACAAGAAUGCAUACCAUUAUUACAAAGGGCACCAUAACCACUGUCCAUGUAUUUCUGAUACUUCACAAGAAAGCACUCAUGGGAUGUUGUUGAAUUAAUGGUUUAGUUUGAUUAACUAGUGGUUUGCUAGUGAUGGUUAAGUUUGAUUAACUAGUGGUUUGCUAGUGAUGUAAGUAGUACACGUGCAUUCAAGUUCAAGUGUGAACAACUCUAGUUAAAUUAUUAGUCAUUUCAAUGCAACCAUAAGAACACAGCGGUGGCCAGUUUGUUUACAUUUUGGAGUGAGUUCAUAGAUAGCAACCUCAGUAAGUCAGCAUUAUUUGCAAGGUAAUUUAUGGAGAGAAAAAUGGAAGAAGUAUUAAGUCAAAUGAAGACAAAAAUUAAAAAAAGAAAUUUUCUGAAAAUAAACUGUUCACUGCUGCUGAAUAUUUACUUACAAUAUUAAAAUCUAUUGUUUUGGGCCAUUUUUCUGAUAAGUGCUCCUUCAUGCACUGUGCUAUUUAAAACUGCUGUUGGUAUCAAAAGAUACAAUCUGCCUUGACCAACCAUCGUUAACUAGUGUGCGUUUGUGAUUGACCAGAGUGAGGCAAACUAUUGUUAACUGUGAUCCUUUGCUCUAACGAUGACUGAUUUUUAGAUUGUAUAAAGUCAUAAUAUGAUGAGGCAAAAUUGAUACAGAGAUUUGUAUUAUGCUACAGCCACCCCCCCUGCUGGGAAGUGCACCUUAGUAAGGAAUCCAAACUGCUUACCAGAAGUCCAAUAAACUCUAGCAGCUCACAAUAAACAAGCCAACACUCAUAAAUCAAAUAUAAUAACUAGAUAUUUGUUAUUAAUUUUGGUUUUUACCAAUACACCGAUGUGUUUUAUGUGUUUAUGGGUAAAAACCAAAAUUAAUAU